AUGCUGAACAGGAUUGGUCCUAAGUAUGGCAUCCAGUUUUCGUGGAAUGGCACCAGCUCUUCUGCAAUGGACAGCCUGCGCCUGCUGCUUUGGGCACAAAGCCAGGGAAAGAACGAGGAGUUGAUGGCUGCGUUGGGCUGGCGACACCACAGCGAAGACCAGCAGCUCGCCAACCACAAGGUGCUCUUGGACUCAGUGGAAGAGGCAGGCCUCGACAAAGCAGAGGCAAAGAAGGUGCUGGAGUCUACCAGAUUCCAACGGGAGCUCCAGGAAUGUAGCUCUCUUUGGCUGCGGAAGACGCUUGCGCCCGCAGGCUAUGGAGUGAUGGUGAGCGGCAUCCCGGUGCUCGUCUUUCGCCCUGCGCAGCAAGAUGGUCGGCAAAGACUCCAGGAGGAGAUUCUGCGUGGCUCCAUUCCACAAAGCGAUGUCGACAGAGUCCUUCAGCGGCUCGAGGCCUCAAUCCGAUAA